AUGUCUCGCACAACAUCUAAAAAUGUGCCUUACUUGUUGCAAGGAGCAGAGGGAAACUUGACAUGGAAGGAUGGUGAAACCAUGGAAAAUGCCGCCGGAGCUGCCUCCAUCGGCUUCGCCACCAUCAGCGCACUCAACUGCAUCGUGAAGAACGAGGGCAAUGUCACCGACAGAGACCUCGGUCUCAUCAAGGAACUCGUCAAUUUCAUUCAACCAGACACGAUGAAUUCCUUCCGCAAGGGGUUCAGAGAGCAGUUGCGGCAAGCCACUCCACCUGGAGGACUCUCCAACUCGUUUCUACCUAAAGAAGAAGAGGAGAGAAUUAAAGAAGAGGAGGGAACUCAAUCCCGGCCCGCCAAGCGCAGCCUAUCCGACGAGAAACCGAUCAUACCCCUAGCAAUGCGACCGCGCUUCUUGGAUGAUCUGAAAGUGGAGGAAAGCUCUGAGUCGACAAGCGUGAGAGACCUAAUGGAACCAACACGUCAAUCGACACCAUACGCGAGAACUACGGGAUUGGGAUUGCCGGGUAUACACAAUCUAGCGCCAUCAAGGGUGACAAGACGGUCUUCCCGAAACCACAGGACGAUGUAUCCAGCUGGCAGCUACUACAGUCAGAGGGGAUGA